AUGCCAAAUCAAAUCAAAGAAGACAUUACAACAGUUGACUCGACUUCAUUCGGUUACAUUUACGAACAAAAUGUUACAUUUAAGCCAAGCUCUGUCAAAGGACUAAUUCGAUGCAACGUUUAUCGGCCUAAAAUUGUUGAACGCGCUCCUGUCAUCAUGACCUACGGGCCGUACGGAAAAGACACGAACACUAAAGAAUUCCUUCCUCACGCCUGGCACGAUAUCAAUCCUACUCAACAGUCCGAACACUCCUGUUUCGAAGUACCGGACCCAAAGUUUUGGACUGGAGAAGGAUAUGCCGUUGUACGUGCCGAUGAGAUUGGCAUCGGCCAAUCCCCAGGCUUCUUGGAUACUAUGUCUGCAUCAACGUCCGACGCGUUUGCAGAGCUUAUUGAGUGGGCAGCUGAUCAGCCAUGGUCAAAUGGUAAAGUAGGCCUAUUAGGGAUCAGUUACUUUGCUGGAAGCCAGUGGAGAGUUGCUGCAAGGCACCCUCGUGGUCUUGCAUGCAUAAUUCCCUACGAAGGCAUGGCUGAUUAUUAUCGCGAUCGAUGCCGUCAUGGUGGAAACCUUUCUGAGGGCGAACUACGUCAGAAUCGAACAGAUCAAGACGUUGAUAAUCUUCAGGCCUUUUUUCGCGAUGACGGAUAUUUCGCGUCACGAGACUACAAUCUAGAGGAUAUCGAGGUUCCUUUGCUUUCAUUUGGAAACUGGAGUAAUCUAGUUGUUCAUUUACGAGGUAAUAUUGAAGGGUACAUGUUGGCAGGCUCUCGUUACAAGUUCUUGCGAGUUGGAAGUGGCCGACAUGACCUUCCGUUUUUCUCCGAAGUUGAAGUAAACACGCAGAAGAGUUUCCUCUCGGCCUUUUUAAAGAACGAUGAUUAUGCUGGCUGGACCAGAGGUCUACAACCUCGUGUGACAUACCAGACACGGAAAGGACCAUUUGAUCACAAGAGUAUCGAAUCGGCAUCGGGGCAGAUCUACUCGUGGAAGACAGCACCAGAGUGGCCCUUGCCUGCCACUAAGUACACGAAAUAUUACUUAGGUCCCGAUUUGACAUGGGCUCCAGAGAUUCCAACUAUUGAUAUCCACAAAAGGCUAUCCUACCCAGCUUUGACGACCUUGAACAACCCUUUCCGCCAUCAAUUUACCACAACGCCAUUCGAGCACGAAGUCGAAAUUACUGGCCACAUCAUUGCUCACGUCAACUUAUCAGUGACCCGAAAGCCUGGAGGAACGGUACCCAAAGAUAUUGAUGUAUUCUUCAUGAUGAGGCAUUGGAAUGCCGAUGGCACUGAAAGAGUUUUCACUGGCACAAUUGGCGAUGCUGCCGCCGUUACUAGAGGAUGUCAAAGAGUAAGCUUGCGAAAGAUCAAUGACAAGCAUCCCCAUCAUCGGGAAUACAGGCCUUUUCGGGACUAUUUUUCCACCGACGUUCUACCGGUCAUCCCAGCAGAGGUCUAUCCGGUCGAUGUUGAAAUCUGGCCCACUAACAUCGUCGUGUUGCCUGGUGAAAAGAUUUCAAUUGAGAUCAGCGCGGGCGAUACCCCUGGCAUCGGACCAUUCGUGCAUGAAGGGGGCGAGAGGACUAAAGAGCGCUUCGACGGAAUUAAUCAUCUUCACUUUGGACCAAAUCAUAUCAACUAUAUCACUCUGCCGAUAAUCCAUAGUUCUUAA